UGGGGAGCUGGGCGGCGGCGGGCGCUGCCCGAGGAGUGUCCGGAGCCCGAGGCGGCGGCGCGAUGGAGGGACUGGAAGAAAAUGGGAGUGUUCAAGUUGGAGAAUUGUUACCUUGCAAGAUUUGUGGAAGAACGUUUUUUCCAGCGGCAUUAAAAAAACAUGGACCCAUUUGCCAGAAAACUGCCACUAAAAAACGGAAGACUUUUGAUUCGAGCAGACAAAGAGCUGAAGGAACUGAUAUUCCAACAGUAAAACCUCUAAAACCUAGGCCUGAGCCGCCAAAGAAGCCAUCCAAUUGGAGAAGAAAACAUGAGGAGUUCAUUGCCACCAUAAGAGCAGCUAAAGGCCUGGACCAGGCCCUUAGAGAGGGGGGCAGGCUCCCUCCGCCGCCUCCGCCUUCCUACGACCCGGAUUAUAUUCAAUGUCCAUAUUGCCAGAGGAGAUUUAAUGAAAAUGCGGCUGAUAGACAUAUAAAUUUUUGUAAAGAACAGGCAGCACGUAUUAGUAAUAAAAGCAAAUUUUCCACUGAUGCCAAAGGCAAAGUGACUUCGCGGACACAGUAUAAGCCGCCUGCUCUUAAAAAGUCAAAUUCUCCUGGGACCCUGUCAUCAGGAUCUUCACGAUUACCACAGCCAAGUGGAACCAGCAAGACUGUUGUAGGUGUCUCUUCAGGUAGAGUGUCUUCAGUUAGCAGCUCAUUGGGAAACAAACUUCAGACCUUAUCUCCCUCGCAUAAAGGGAUAGCGGCCCCUCAUGUAGGUAAAAUGGACAAGUUAGGCCCUCCACUUCGAACUGGAAGACAUGUGCAAAGGUUGUAUGACAGUGACACAAAAUCAGACAGUGCCAUCAAAAGACAUGAGUUAUUACCCAUUUACAACGCUAACACCAAACCUCGAAAUUCCACACCACCUAAUUUGGCACGAAAUCCUGCCUCAGGUGUCCUUACAAGCAAGAGAAAAACAUAUGGUGAGAGUUACAUAGCCAGGCCAGAUGGCGACUAUGGAUCUUCACUCAACGGUGGAAACGUGAGAGGAUUUGAAGGAAGUUCAUCUGGGCACUUACCCAAAUUCUGCCAUGAGUGUGGGACUAAGUACCCUGUGGAAUGGGCCAAGUUUUGCUGUGAAUGUGGCAUUCGACGAAUAGUUCUGUGAACAAAACACCCAACGAAAGAGCGAAGUCCAGAGUUUGAUGACUUACUGCUUCCAGCCAGAGCACUUCCUCUAGUUACUUUGUGCUAAAACUGAUACACUUUUCCAGCAAGUUUUGGAACAUAAUCUCCUUGCUAUAUAAUGUGUGUGGUGUGUGUGUAUAUAUGUGUACAUAUACUGUAUAUAAUAAAUACCUAUUAUUCCAAA